CGGCAUGGAGCUUGAGCAGGGGGGAGCCCCGGCGGCGGAGCCUGGUGAGGAGGUCACCCUCCGCGAGUUCACGCUGUCGGACGCGGACGCCGAGGCGCUCAUGUCGUGGGCGUCGGACCCGCUCGUGGCCCGCUUCCAGCGCCGCGACGCCUACGAGCACGUGGACCAGGCGCGCCGCUACAUCGCCGGCCACGUCCUGCCGCACCCGUGGUACCGCGCCAUCUGCGCCGGCGGCGUGGUGGUGGGGUCCAUCUCCGUGAAGCCGGCGCCGGCCGAGGAGGGCGGGCGCAUGUUCAGGGCGUCCGUGGGGUACCGCGUGGCGCGCGCGCACUGGGGCCGCGGCGUGGCGACGCGCGCGGUGCGGGCGGCGGCUGCGGCCGUGUUCGCGGCGUGGCCGUGGCUGGUGCGCCUGGAGGCCGUGGCCGACGAGGAGAACCCGGCGUCGCAGCGCGUGCUGGAGAAGGCCGGCUUCGUCAGGGAGGGGACGCUGCGCAAGUACAUCGUGCUCAAGGGCAGGCCCAGGGACAUGGUCAUGUUCAGCCUCGUCGAUACGGACCGUCGCGAGCAGAUGAAGCCCGUCGAGUCCAGUGGGCCGUAGAUUGGCUGCCAUGCGCGCGCUCUCUCUGUGGGCUUUUCUCUGCGUCGCGUCACUCACUCGUAGCACAUUUUGUAAUAUUAUGGUGGUUUCAGUGUUAUGCGACGUCAGCGAGACGUAUACGGUAAUUUUGUUAAUUUCGAAAAAUUACCAAUUUAAUUUUCAAAGAUACUCAUAGGAUAAAAUUUGUAUAGUGCCUUCGUAGAGGUGAGCGUGCGUGAGUGUAAUCUCAGAAAAAUUUACAAUAAUAUUGUAUAUAUCAUGCCACGUAUGAUCUGUGAGUCAAUCUCAAAAAAAAAAGGUAUGA